AGGGAUUGGCAGAGAGGGGUGGAGGACACUGAGUGGAGGCCAGUGCAGGGAUUGGCAGAGGGGGGUGGAGGACACUGAGUGGAGGCCAGUGCAGGGAUUGGCAGAGGGGGGUGGCGGAGAUGGAGCGGUUGGAAAGGCCAGUGAGGAGGGAGUUGCAGUAGUCGAGUCGUGAUAUGAUGAGGGAGUGGAUGAGCUGUUUAGUGGUUUCUGGAGUUAGGAACGUGUGGAUUUUGGCGAUGUUGCGGAGGCGGAGUCUGCAUGUUGCGGAGGCGGAGCCUGCAUGUUGCGGAGGUGGAGUCUGCACGAGUAUGUUAGUGAUUGGACUUGGGGCUGGAAGGAUAGGUUGGAGUCCAGAAUGACACCCAGUACUCUGGCCUGCGGGGCGGGUUUGAUGGUGGCGUUGUUGGACGUGAUGGAGAAGUCAAUGGGGGGGGGGGCUC